AUGCCUAAACCAAGAGGAAGAAGAGAAAAAAAGACGGCAGCUAAAGAGCGUGUUGCAGGAGCUGAGGAUGUGGAAAAUGAUUUCCAGGAAGUCAUCGAAAAUGGUGAGGAGGAACCCAUCUCUUCUGAGACCAAACAGCCUACAGAGUUCUCCACCGUCUUUUUUGGUCUAGUUGACUCUAGUGAAGUCGACUACUUCAAGCAGGCCGAAUCCACGCUUAAUAUCAAUGCUUUCGAGAGCGACGAAGAGCGUGCUGGUUUCAUCAGAUCGGUGCUUGAGGAGUCCAGAGGAAAAGAGCUUAAACUCGUCACAAACCAAAUCUGCUCCAAAUUGAUGGAACGUCUCGUGCUUUUUGCAACUGAUCGCCAGCUCAAACACAUCUUUCAUCAGUUCGUUUCCCAUUUCCCUGCUUUGGCUCAUCACAAAUAUUCCUCGCAUGUGUUAGAAACGCUUUUGGUGAGAAGUGCUGCUUUGAUUGAGAAGGAGCUCGCACAUAACUACGAAGAAGAGGAGCUCGAAGCUGAAAUUGAUGAUGAUAAUGAGCAAGACAAGUUUAUUGCUUCCACUACCAUGGAGUCCAUGUUCAUCAAAAUGCUCGAGCUGUUGCACCCAUAUUGGAGCACCACGAUUGAACACCAGUACGCAUCCCAUGUUAUGAGAAUCAUUGUGCUUAUUCUUUCCGGUAAAGAGUUGCCUUCCACCACAAUGGCCAAUUCGGCCUUGAGAUCGAAGAAGUCUAAGAUCGCCAGAAAAAUGAUCGAGAUUAAGGACAAUAAUGAUUUCAAUCGUGCAUUCGAGGUCCCUGCUUCAUUCAAGGACGAGCUCAGAAAACUCAUCAAAGCAUCUACAGCAGGAUGGGACACCAAGAAGGCGAGAGAAAUGGCCAUUCACAAAAUUGCUUCCCCAGUGCUUCAGCUUGUCAUCAGAGUCGAGGGUAUUGUCGACAGGGACCGUUCACUCUGGCAUUUGAUUUUCUUAGGAGAAAAAGAGCCUAAAGAUUCAAAAGAGGAAGGUUUCGUUGAGUACCUUUUGUCUGACCCAGUCGGCUCUCAUUUCCUCGAAUCUGUCAUCAAAAAUGAUGGCGCCAGAAUGAAGUACAUCGAGAGACUCUAUCGUUUAUACAUGAAGGAUAGAGUGUUGAAGUUGGCCAGAAGAGCUACCACUGGUGUCUACAUUAUUCAAGCAUUGCUUCUCAAGCUCAAACCAGGUGAGGUCGAACACAUCUUGGAUGCCAUCGUUCCAGAGCUUGCCAGCCUAAUAUCUAUCUCCGAGAACCAAAACAUCGACCUUGCCAAAUCCAUCAUUGAUGCUUCCAUUACCAGAUACAACUAUAGAAGAGACGAGCUUAUCAAACAAUUUUUCCUCAAGUUUGCACCCAACUAUAACCCAGAGGAGCCUGAUGACACCACCACCGAGUUUUUCGAAAACACCUUGCAGCUCACUGGCUCCACAUUGGGUAACACCAGAGAUGACUGGCCCACUGCUGAAGAGAGGAGAAGAUCUCUUUUCUUGGAGAAGCUCAUGGAGUAUGACUACUCCUUCGUCAUUUGCGCAUGGUACAAUUGCAUGGCCCUUCCUUCUGAACGUUUCUUGCAGAUGUGCACUCAUGGAGUUUUCUCGCAUGUUGUUGAGAACACCCUAGUUGUUAAACCAGCAUCAGACCCCGAGCCAAAGGACACACUCAUUUCAAGAAAGAAGUUCCUCAACAUCUUUCUGGGCCACAUUUUCAAGUUGGCAUGCAACUCCUAUGGAUCGCACAUCGUGGAUAAGCUUUGGGAUUUCACUGUGCUCUUACCAAUGUACAAGGAUCGUAUUGGCUCUGAGCUCAAUGCCGAUUCUCACAAGGUGAAGGAGAGUUCGUAUGGAAGACUUGUUUGGAAGAAUUGGUCCAUGGAGCUUUUUACUCGUAAAAAGUUCGACUGGAAGAGAUUGGUGAAGGAGCAAGAAGAGGCAUACUAUGCCGAGGGCUCGGACAAUAAUAACGGCGAGCCUGCCAAGGAGAAGAGACCAAUUGAUUUGAAGAUGGAGGAGAUUUUCAGAAAGCAGAAUCAGGGAGAAAAAAGACAGGGGGCACCACUCUCAGGAUCCAACCUGAAGAAGGUCAAAGUUAGAGGCAGAAACCGUUAA